AUGGCAAAUUUACCAGCAGAUAGAGUUGUUCCAUCAUCACCAUUUACCAUAGUAGGAGUUGAUGUUUUCGGGCCUUGGAAUGUUGUUGCACGAAAAACCAGAGGAGGACUCGCACAUUCUAAGAGAUGGGCUCUACUUUUCAAUUGUAUAGCAACGAGAGCCGUACACAUUGAAAUAAUCGAGGAUCUCAGCAGUUCAUCUUUUAUAAACGCACUGAGACGAUUCAUUUCCUUGCGAGGGCCUGUUCAAGAAUUUCGCUCGGAUCGUGGGACAAAUUUCAUAGGAGCUCUAGAUGACCUACAUGCAAAUGCUUUGUUCAUAGAGGAUGUACCAGUACAGAACUUUUUAUCUUCAGCCAGAAUCAAAUGGACAUUUAAUCCCCCUCAUGCAUCUCACAUGGCCGGAUCAUGGGAGAGAAUGAUUGGCAUUGCCAGAAAAAUUCUUGAUGCCAUGCUACUCAACACAAAAGCUAAGGAACUUUCUCAUGAAGUGUUGUGUACAUUUAUGUGUGAAGUUACAGCAAUUAUGAAUUCAAGACCGAUUUGUUCCAUCUCUACAGAUUCAGAAGAUCCUAUUAUUGUCAGUCCGUCAUUGCUUUUGACGCAGAAAAAUUUCAACACCGAUGUGAUACCUGUCGACUCUACAAGCCUAAAGUACAUUUAUACAGUACAAUGGAAGCAUGUUCAGCAGCUUUCAAACACGUUUUGGAAACGUUGGAAGGAAAGAUACAUUCAAAAUCUACAAAUCCGUCGAAAGUGGCAGAACGUUAAACCUGAUCUGAAACCAAGUGAUGUAGUCCUUCUACGUGACAAAUCCUUGUAUCGCGGACAAUGGCCUGUUGGUCUUGUGAAUCGUGUAUUUCCGAGUGACAGUGAUGGCAAAGUUCGGACAAUUGAAAUCCGUGUGAUCAAAGAUAACAAACCUGUUUAUUAUGUGAGACCCAUAACUGAGGUUGUGUUAUUGAUUGAAUAG